CUAUAAUAUUGCGAUUAGAAGAACCACAAAUUGUGGUUUGAUGAGCUCCCCGAAAAUUUUCCUAUAUUAAUGGUGUUGUUGGUGCAUUUAUUGCCUUCAAUUGAAUCACCGUCGAGGAGUGAAGGUUUUUUUUUAAUUGAACAAAUUGUGUGGAAUAUUUUUUUUUCCACUCUGUCCGCCGCAGCCUCUCGAGAACGCGAGUUUUGUAAUCAAGUAAAUUGCUUGGCAGAGCUGAUAAUGUCGGGGCGAAUUGUUGAGCGCGAUUACCAACCGAGACAGUCCAGCAGUAGAGGCGAAGUGUCAGUGAUCCAGAAAGAUUCUCACUGGCAAUCUGAUAGCAUCAGGAAUUUCUACAGCAGCAGUGCGGAGGAAAAGUGCCGGGAAAUGGGGAAAAGUAGUGCAGUGAGUCUCAGUGUGGAUAGUUUUGGGGUGAUGAAGGAUCCCAUGACGAAGAAGGAGGAAACCGUGUGGAUCUAUACGUGGAGGAAUGCCAUCAGCUGUGUCACGGUGAAGGUGAUCAGCUACGGAGCCACAAUCCUCGCCAUUGAAGCACCGGACAAGAAUGGAGUGCUGCAGGACGUUGUGAUGGGAUUUGAUACCCUUGAGGGCUACUUUAAUCCCCUCAAUCCCUACUUCGGCGCCACUGUGGGUCGUGUAGCCAACCGAAUUGCCAAUGGGAAGUUCUUCCUGGACGGCAAAGAGUACCACGUUGCGAAGAAUUGGAAUGGGAAGCAUCACCUUCACGGGGGAAUUGUUGGUUUCGAUAAAUUCAACUGGACAGGCUUUGUCGAUGGGAAUGCCUUGAUCCUUUCGCAUUUCUCUCCGGAUGGCUUUGAGGGCUACCCUGGAGAUUUGAUGGUUCAAGUGCGCUAUGAACUAACCCCGGAUGAUGCGCUGAAGAUUAAUUUCUCCGCCACAACGUCCAAAUUGACCCCGAUUAAUCUCACCAAUCACUCCUACUUCAACCUUGGUGGGCAUGAUUCGGGAAGCGAGGAGAUCUACAAGCAUCUCGUGGUUAUCAAUGCGGAUAAAAUCACCGAGACGGAUGCUGAAUCCAUCCCUACGGGGAAGCUCCUCGACGUUGGGGGGACACCGUUUGAUUUGCGAAGUGAAAAAGCUCUGGGGGUGGCUUUCAAGGCAACCACAGCUAAUGGGUAUGAUGACAAUUUCUGCGUGACUAAAUACACGGAUGGGUUGACAUUCGUAGCCAGGGCGGUACAUCCCACUUCCGGACGCUUCUUGGAGGUUUAUACAGAUCAACCUGGUGUGCAGUUCUACACGGCAAACUUCCUCCCUGAUCCGGAAGAUGCAGCCGCGGCUAAAUUGCAUGGAAAAGGUGGAGGAUUGUACUCCAAGCAUGGAUCCUUUUGCUUUGAGACUCAAAAGUAUCCUGAUGCUGUUAAUCAUGCAAACUUCCCAUCAACAAUCCUCAAGCCAGGAGAAACUUAUCACCACACCUGUGUCUACAAAUUCGGCUGUGAGAAGUAAAGGACAAUAAGGAAAAUCUUCCGGAAGCCUUUUUUUAUACUUUUCUGUACUCAUUUUAUUACCUAUCGUCAAAAUAAAGAUAAAACGAGUUUAAAAUGAAA